UUGUAUAUAUAAUCUUCCUACGACAAAAAUUUUUUUUAAAGGUUUUUCUUUCAUUUCACGUUUUUAUGACAUUUCAAAAUAAUUCAACCCAUGAAAGGAGAGUUCGACAGAUCUAUGAUAGUUUGGAUAGUGGUAAUCCAAAGAAAGCGAUUCAAGAGGCAGAUAAAUUAUUAAAAAAACAAAAAGACGCAUUAGAUGCUAAGGCACUCAAGGCUUUAGCUUACAUUAGAUUGUGCAAAUUCAAGGAGUGCACAGAAAUCCUAAAUGAGCUUGAAGCUGAUAAACCCACAGAAGACUCCACUCUUCAUGCAUUAAGUCUAUGUUUCAGGGAACUUAAUAAACCUUCGGACCUUGCUCGAAUACUGGAGCACGCUACCCAGAAGUGUCCCGGCGUGGAGGAAUUAUGGACCAAUCUGUAUUUCGCUUACGUUCGAACCCAAGAUUUCAAGGCCCAAUACAAAGUGGCGCUGGCUCUCUACAAAUCGGCCUCCAACGGGCCGGGGCAGGUCGGGUCAGGGCACAAAGGAUUUGGCCAAGAUGGGCCUGGCAAGGCUAAAAGGGUUUACCUGCAAUGGGCCGUUGUCUCGUUGGUAUUGCAGGCUCUGGCAGAUCCGGUGAAAGCCAAAAGCAUUUACCUGCCUCUGGCUCAUAAAAUGUUGUUGACCAAAUCCGCCUCAGCCAUUAAUCCCAAAUCCAAUCUUCUCAAUGCCACCGUUGACCAAAAAUCCCUUUCGGAUAUCGAACUAGAUUUGUUGUCCAUAAUUUUGGAGAUGUCUUCGAAUUGGCAGGAAGCUAUGGACUUAUUCACCAGCCCGACCGGAAGCAAAAUCAGGUACGGGGACAUAACGGCGAAAGAAAAGAUUGCCCAAAUUUACCACAAAAUGGAGAAUUUCGAAAUGGCCAACCAAUGUUAUCAAGAACUCAUCAAAGAACAGCCGGACAAUUGGAAUUUUUACGAAAAAUACUUGGACACCUUGUUUUUCAUCGCGGAUGAUGAAAUGUUCAAAGAUUGCCUUGGCACCUUGCGCCACAAGAAAACCAUUGUCCAAAAGCACAAAAUUCUUAAAACUACCCAGGCUUCCCGUCUACCUUCCUCUUCUGCCCUUCAAACCGCCGGCCAAUUUCUCAACGGGGUCAUAGCGUGGUCCGUUACGCGAAGCGUCAAAAGGAGAAGAGCGCCCCAUAUGGCUAAACUAGACCUGGCCUUACGGUGUUGUGUCGUUAACGGGAGAGGGGGUCAAAUGGAACAUUUAGAUCAAGCCGAUCCCACCGCCUUAGUCAUCGAAUAUAUCGACAUGUUCGGGUCAAAGCCUUGUUGCUUUUGGGACCUGGAAUACUUUUUAUGCGUUCCGGCCUUCAAAUCCCUCGUUCUUUUUAAAGAGGUUUUCGUGACCAAGAUGGAAUCAACGUUUCAUGAUUUGGUAUCCAACAAUCAAGAAGAGUCUAAAGCUAUUAGCAAACGCUUGAACAUCCUCUAUACCUUCUACAAACUGGGAAAGUAUAUGGGGUACUUCGACGACCCCGUUUCUCUUAACCCCGGCGUAAUAAUGAAUUCGGAAAAUACUACGCCGAGGCUGGAUAUCUGCAAACGAUUGGUAUCUCUCUAUUUCAACGCUACGCGGGAACAGGUUUCGACGGUAGAUAACCGAAAUUUUCUUCUUUUAUCCGCUUGCGAUUGCUUGUUUGACAUUUGGACCGAAAUUACGACCCCGAAAGAUGAUGACCGCAUCCCCAAUUCUCCCAUAACUACUACCACUAAUUUCGACUACCUAAAGCAAGCCCUUAUCCUCAUGGAGCACGCCCUUCAAAACGAAAAUACGGCUCAGGCGAACACCUCCCUCGAAGCCGACAAAUCACAAAUCAACGAUAUUACGGGGAAUGGUGCCGUCAACGAGUACAAGGAUACCGGCAUGUGUGACACGUCGUCAUCGGAAGCCCAGAUUAGAUUGGCACUCAUCAAGCUUUACUACCUUAUCGGCGUUCCUUCCAUGUGCCUAGAACAUUUUCACAGUAUAGACGCUAAAUUUAUUCAAUACGAUACCUUAGGAAAUUUCGUUAUCUACCCCGCUUUCGCGUUUGCCCAUUUUUCUUCCCUCAAAACUUGCUUCGAAAAUAUCAUCAAAUUUUACGAAAAUUCUUACAAAAAUAUUUGGGAUUAUAGCGUUACAGUGGUCAAAGUCAAUUUUUUUCAAAUUUACGACUUUGUGGACUUUAAACGACACCUGACCCAUUCCUUAACUCGCCAUUUUAUAAGUGUGGAAUCCAUUUUGUUAGAUCUUUUGACGGAGGCCGACAAUUACGAAUUGGUGGAAGAGAUUCUCGAUUCUGUUCCGCUCAAAAAUUUGCAAGAUUUGGAAAUUGAUCGAUUUUGUGACAAUACCGAUUAUUACAUAUUGGACAAUUACCAAUCCAAUCAGAAAUUGGAUUACGAAAAGGUCAUAGAGGAAAAUGGCUACCAGGAGAAACAAUGGAUAACUCUUCGUAACCGUAUCCUCCACACCCUGACCAUAUGCACUGUCAUGGGUUCCGACAAAUACGCGUCGCAAACGCGUCAAUCAUCAAACCUAUCCCAUCAACCCGGUCGACCCACGCGUCCAUUACCCUACCCGAAAAACGACCCAAAAUUUGGGGAAACGCCCGAAUUUUUAGCGCACUACAAAAAAGAGUGCAUUUUCAAAUCGCUCGUCAUAACUUUCGUGGAUAUCUUAAUCCAGCGGCGCGAGAUGGCCCUUUAUUUCGCUCAUUCCAAAGAUAACACGGACAAAGAAUCUGAUCGGGAUGACAGCCAUCCUAGCGCGAAUCAAACGCCUAACAGCAGAAACGAAGAUUUGAAAUUUCAAAAAUACAGGCUUUACGGACCCUUCCCUUCCAACCUCCCAAUCUACCAUUUCAGUGAUGGUCUUUACCUGAAUCCCAUUAUCAAUUGCGUUUCGCUGGCUAUCGUCAUCAAUUUUAUCCUGUACAAUCCAUCGUCAAAUCACACUACGCCAGAUCACGUGGAUCGCCCGAAAGAUGAAUGCGAAAAUAAUUCCGACAAUCAGAUGAUCGAUUUGUUGAGGAAUUUUAAGGGGGUCCGUUUGGUCUCGUUCUCCAAGGACGAUACCAAGUUGGCUAGUAAUGAGGACCAGAAUCUCGAAACAAAAAAUUCUCAACCGACUGAACUAUUGGACACUGACAACAACAGGCUAUACGAGAUCAUCGAAAAAAUGAUGUUUCCAAACGAUAAUAAUGCCGCCAUUAUUAACUCAAAAGAGAUUGGAGAUUUAAAUCUGAAAAGACAAGAUAAAAAUAUCAGGGCCAUUUACAAGCAGAAUAUUGAGCACAUCAAAUCUUCCUUCCAAACUAUCACCAAAUUCAUAACAGACGAUUACAAGGACAAAAUUCAAUUUUCGUCUGUUUCUAGUUUACCUCGUUUACACGAAAUAUCUCAGGGAUUCCCCACAUAUUUCAAUUACAAUCAACGUUCAAACCACGCCGCCACAUUGUCUAAUCAUAAUCAUUGCAACAAUCUAAAAUCCUCCACUAACAAAAUCGAUUCCGAUAAUUUCAUCCUGGAAACGGCAUCCAAAAUCUAUCAUCUUAGGUUCGUUGUAGAGACUUACGGUCUGACUUGCCUCUACCUUGGUUCCAUAUACCGACUAUUACAACCAGUCAAAAUUCGUGCCAACAAAAAGAUGCAAUCAAAAAAAAAACAAAUCCCUCACGGUUCCAACAAAGCCGAUAAAGAUGGCGCUAAUUACUUCGAAGAUUCCGAAAUGAUAAACCAAUUGUACGAAGACAUUCGCGUACUUCUAGUCCAUCUUAACGUACGCGUUUAUACAGACCUAUCCUGCGCGAUAAAAAUGAUUGCUUUCGAUAUAAAUACUUACUUAGAACAAAAUCAAAGUUUCGCGCAUCCCGAUCAUCCAUCCUCCCCUUCCGCCGAAGAACCACUUAACGAAAUAGUGAACGCGUUUGAAUUAGGAAGUUUGGGGAAUAUUCUAGAGCCCGAACAUCUAUCCAAAUUGAAUCUGCCGAAAGACCUCUAUUUAAAAAUAUCGACCAGUUAUCAAAAGUCGUUUUGCGAGCUACAUAGGAUGCUUAACACGGCGUCGCAAUACAUAAAUUCCUUGCAAAUACCUAAAUCUUGACUUCAUAUUUUUUUGAGACGAAACAUUAUUUUUUUUAACAUCUAAAAUAAUCUAUCUUUUUCUCUUCUUUUCUUAAUUUUUUUUUUAUACAAUGAUCUUUUUCCACAUGUGCAAAGAAAAAUCCAAAAUUAUUAUUCGCGCAAAUAUUUUUAGUUUGUAAUUAAAAAAUAUGGCAUUUAUGUAUUCAAAUUACAGAUUGGAAAAUAUCAAAAACCAUAAUUAUUUUAAAAUCAAAUUUGGUAAAUUCCAAUUUUCAUUUUAAAAACUCUGAAUUAUUUUAUUU